AUGUCGACCGGCGUGCCGCUGUCUGAGCCGCCCAAGGGAGACGCCGCCAUCCUGCCGCACGAAAAGGUGUUUCCCAUCCAGAUCGGCUCGCAGCUCUUUCGUCUCUCCGGCGCUUCCAUCGCCUCGGAUGCACCGUCAUAUUUUUCGCGCUUCUUCGAGGAGCAGCUGGAGAGCAACCCAGACGGCAACGUGAGGACGCUCUACAUCGACCGCGACCCAGAGACCUUUCAUGAGAUCCUCCGUCAUCUCCAAGGAUACUAUGUGCGCCCAAAGGACGGGGCUCACUUCGUCAAGCUCUUUGCAGACGCCCAGUUCUACAGCCUGCCCCGUUUGAUAGCUCAGCUGUUCGAGUGCGAAAUUUUCAUCCAGAUUGGAGACCGUCACUUCCAGAUUCCCCGAGAUAUCUUCUCCAGCCCGGGGGACUCGCCCAACUUCUUCUCCCUCGGCUUUGCCGUAUUCUUUGCCUCUCCCACCGCUGUCUUCCCGGGCCUCGAGCGCGAAGGCCUCCUGCGCCCGCCUUCCAUCACUCCUCCCAUCGUCAGCAGCCGGUCUGGAGACGUCUUUGCCGAACUACUGCAUUUGUUGCGUGGCUACCCGGUACACAUCCGCGACGAAGAGCAUCGGGCAUGUCUGCUGCGAGACUGCCGUUACUACCAUCUGCGUGGCCUCGAGCAGAAGUUGAUCCCCCAUGACAUCAGCUAUAACCUGGAGAGACGCCAGUUCGAGAUCACCGUCCGCCUCGAAGACGUCCGGCCGUCCGGCAUCACCUUUGUCCCUGACGGAGAGGGCAGCAGCAACCCCAAUGCCAACAGCACUAUUACAGGAGGAUGGGUACAUUAUGCCCGGCCGUUUGUGGAUGAAGAUCAUCGUGAGUUGAUCAUUGAAAUUGGCGGCGGCAACACCCUUGUCGACUUGGCCACCAUGCGAGCCGAAUUGCACGGCCUGGCCAAAGCCCGUGUCACCAGCCUGUGCCAGGUCAUUGCCAACAAGAUGAAUUUACCCGCCAACACUCCCCUGAGCCUGAUGGUGACACCCGGAAACAGCAGCAGCAGCAGCAGCAGCAGCAAUAACAACACUGCCUUGACCGGAGAUAGGAUCAAGAUACACAUUGACUCAAGUACAGACAUCACCCUCGACGGCGAGCCCUUUAGCCCCAGCCACAACUACGAUACCACCUCCAACGGCUCCAACAACGGCACAUUCCAACCGGCAGACGUUCCCGCUGGGUACUCGCCCUUGGAAGGCAAUGCACCACCCCCCUUAACUCCAUCUGGCCUCUAUCCCCGCCUCCAGACACCGUCUGCCGCCGCUGUCCAGCCCAACCAGCAGCUGCCCCGCAAGCGCCGCAGGGUCGACGGCAGCGAGAGGAGCCGCCAGUGGGUGGUCGAUCGUGGCCAGUGGCGACUGCGAGUCCAUCCCAGCGCCAAUGCCAGCACCGGCACGAGCCAGAUGGAGGUUGUCUUCGUCGCCGUCAAGCUCGAGGCUCACUCCAGCCAGCGAGCCCGCAACGCCCGCCGGUCCUUCGUCUCUUGA